AUGAUGACAAGAACUACAACAAUUACGUCUACAACCAAAAGCUCGACAACAAUAAUAGCACUUGAUAAAUCACCAAGUACCAUCUGUAGUGGAUUUAUUGAUAUAAAUGGUAUUUGGAAUAAUGGUUUUGUUUGUCCAAUGCAAAGUUUUAUUCAAUAUUUUUGUUGCGAUACAAAUACAUAUCAUUAUUGUUGCUCGCCGGAUCAUUAUAUAUCGGAAAUAAAUUCUCAUCAUGAACAAACUUAUAUAUCUGGUCAAUAUCAACCAUCAAAUCAUACCAUAGUUAAUCAAAGUCAUAGUAAUUCAUUUAUUAAUAAUUCUAAAAUUAUAGAUAAACAAUUUGAACAAUUUCAAAAAAUUUUUAUACCAAUUUUUUUACUUAGUUCAAGUAUUCUUUUUCUUAUUGGUAUUGCUAUAUGGUUUUGGUUAUAUAAACAUAAAACAUUCUAUGCAACGGAACAAGAUAAUUUUAAUAAACAAAAUCGAACACCAUCAAGAUCAUCGCAAUCAAUGUUUAAUAAUUUUUUAACAAAAAAAGAAGGCAAUAUUCAUUCAACUAUGGAACGCGAUUUUCGACAAGUAUCAUAUUCAUCAACUGAAGUUUGA